GAAAUAACAGAGUCAUUACGUUGCUCUUGUUUCAGUAUCUCGCUUAUUCUAAGUAGUUACUCGCUUAUAAUUUCAGUUUAUCGAAAUUUAGAGUAGAAGACUCAACUUUCAAAAAUGAAGGGCAAAGCAGGAAAGAUCCUCCUGGUCGAGUCCACAGGAGCGGGGGCGAGUCAUCAAGUUCAAAGACGUGCGCCGGCUCGCCACCCUUCCACGCUUUCGUGUUGUGGAUGGACUGAACGAUGCCAUAUGGCGAACGCCUCACUUUCACAGCGGUCAGCGUCGUCUUCUUCAUCGUCCUCUUCUUCAACAAAAGGAGCGGAGGAAGAUGCGGGUAAACAAUCAUCAUCGAGGACAUCCACAUCCAGCACUUCGUCUGGGGUCAUGCGUGGUGUGGCAGCUUUCGGUACUGUUGUAAUGGCCUUAGCCGUAAGUCGAGAUUUGCUGGCUUCUCAGCUGUCAACCAACAACUCGGAUGGAGGAAGAAGCUCAGCCGUAGGCGGAAAGGAUGCCACGUCGAAGCAGAGUCGAAUACAACUACGAAUCAAGAAUUACGACCCUGCUUCUGCUAGACCACCACCACAGGCGCACAACGUUAGGUUGCGAGGUGACGCUACCUCAAGUACAUCAACAAAAUCGACGUCUUCCUCGUCAAUCUCCACCGCUCGUUGGCAAGAACUUCUACAGUGGAGAAAAGAAGCUCUUCAACAAGCUGGCGCAACUGCGCAGGAGAGUACGAGAAAGAAGCUAGAGAGUACAUUGCGUGAGAUAUGG